AUGGAUCACGAAAAUUUCAGUGAACGUAUAUAGAGAUUAUCUCUUUUUCUUUUGCUGAUUUUGACUUUUUUCUUUUACAUACGUGUUACCUUUAGAGCCUUGCUUUGCAGACGGGCCUUUGGCCCGUCCGAGCUUCGCUCGGUAUUAAUUAGUGUACAGGCGACAAUCGAUUAUGAAAAAUAAUCGAUGAUUACUUAAUAGCCUAUUAUUCCAACCAAGGUUGUGGAUAUUUUACAUGCAUUGUAUUUGAGAAAAAAAGAGAUCCGCAUUUAAGCCACAAACAAGGAAAAUAAUAUGCUUUACGGCGUGACCGUGUUUGAGGGCGAAGCAAAAAGUAUUAGCAUUAGUAUGUAGAUCCAUAACAGGACAAAAAUUAUCCCGAAGGUAGCACUUAACGUGUUAGGACAGAGGUCAAUCAAAGUAUUCUAACUUUAGACAUUUCAAGUUAAUCCGCCUACUCAUUGAACGCGGGAAACUAUAUGCAACUGAUGUAAACAGUGCAUUGUGACGUCAUAUUCAGCAUCGGUGUUUAGCAAAUUCAUAAACAUAGGAGGAGACAAGUUACAAAUUUUGCGUUAUUCGAGACCAGGAGUGAUUUUAGGGCCUAUAUGAUUAAGAAAAUAAGAUUUACAUGCUUUUACGGAUUUUAUGCAACAUCUCACGACGUGAAUUUGUGUAUACGAGAUUCAAAAUGGAGAAAUACAUGUCCACGCGAUAGUAUUCGAACCGACGCCAUUGGGACCAAACUUUCCAAGUUCCAUAGGUAUAUGGACAAAAGAGACUCCCAUCUUUACCAGUCUAACAAGUACCCAUCAAAGACCUACAAUGAUCGAUAUUCCAAGAGGGAAGAUGGGCGCUCCCGGGAUGACAGUCCUGCAAGCCGUAAUAGUCCCAGAUAUAUCCACAAAAAGCCUUAUAGUGAGAAAGAUAAAGGCAGACUGGAAAGAGGAGCUUACAGUUCCCCUGACAAGAAAGUCAACCAUACUGCAACAGCAUCUUCAUCUCGCGGGGGAGGUAGUCAGAACGGCAGUUAUGACAAAUCCAAGGCAAACCACAGGGAUCACAGACAAGAGGUACAAAAGCCAGCCUUGCGAACUUGUGGGGAUUGGUCAGAACAUGUCAGUUCCUCAGGAAAGCAGUAUUACUACAACACAAGGACAGGGGUGUCACAGUGGGAGAAACCGGAGGACUGGAAUGACUCGAAGGUGUGUAGAACAGACAGGGGAAGCAGAGGACUUUAUGACAAAGAUUCCUCAGGAAAGAACAAAUACAGUAGCGAUCGUGGGAGUUCUGGAGGGGACCGACUCCCCAAACGCCAGGGCAGUCUGGAGUUUAAUCCUAGCUUACAUAAUGAGAAACCUGACAAACAUUAUCUCAUUCAGAAGUUCCAGGACAGUCAGAGGCAGGCUCAACUCGAGAGCCGUGCCAACAAACAAACCGGUAAGGACCGGUACUACAAGGAGUCGGGCACAGUUAUUGAUCAUAGUGGAAGUAACAGUACAAACCGUAUCCGCAGAGACAGUGAUCACAGGACUCCACACCGUACUGACCGUAGACAUGGUGCUCAGUUAGACGACAUGGAUAUCUCGCCUGACACAUCACCAAGUUCUCGGCCCUCCAGCUGUGCUGGUACCCCACAAAUGGGGCCGGCCUCCACUCCCAUUUCUCUCCCCACCCCAAACAUGGCAGCGGGACAUCAUCCUAGUUCUACUCCCUCGUCCUCCACCCCCUUCAUCUCAAGCAUACCCCAGCUCAUCACUCAGAUCAGCGGGGGACAGAACAAUCAAGAACUCACCAAUAAAGCUUUACAGACUCUGCAGAAGCUUCAGGAAGUGAUUAGUAGACAAAUAGCCCAACAAACAACCCGAGCUAGUACUUCUCAUGCCCAGCAUGUGUCUCUGUCCACAAGCACAUCAGUGGCUACCCACACAACUUUGACCCGGUCAUCUCAACACUCCACAGAGAAUGCAUACAACAGUGUCAACUCCCACUCCCAGAUCCCACAAGUCUCCAGCCCCCAUGUGUCUGCCAAUCAUGUCAGCCACGCCCCCUCCCCUGCAUAUACCUCUGCAAGUGGAGUGUACGGGAAACUGGGCCAGAGCCAACAGCAACACCAGUCACCUUACCAUCAGCUGCAUGUUGACACGAGUAAUGGUCCGUACGUCAUUGACUCUACGGCCGGACAGAGUCCAAGGUCUGACCAUGGACAAAAAUCAUCUUGUGCUAGUCCUUCAAGUACAACCAGUUCACAAGAUCUUCCAGUCGGGGUGGGGGAUAUUUCUGUGGCAGGGCUAAAUCAGACAAACUCCCCAAAUGUUUCAUCGUCCUUGAGUCAGUACUAUAAUGAAAAGUUGAUAGGUCACGUCACAGGCUGGCAAGGGGACCAGGCCGAGAGACAGGCCCGCAGAUACUGGGAGGAAGGCAUUAGUGUGGGGAGCUUUCACUGUGGACAAGUGGGAGUAGAGCUUAAAAGGUCAAGGUCAUUAGUGAGGCUGGCUGAAAUUCAGUCUACACUUCAUGAACAAAGAAUUUUAUUUUUAUCAACACAAGUACAUGAACUAGAAAGCAUGAAAGCGCCAACUUUUUCAUCUCAUUCAUUCAGUGCAUCACAGUAGAAGAGUUCUUCAUGUUGUCCCAGAUGCUUGCACUGUUUUUGUCUCUUCUGUGAUCGAUGGGGGAAGGGGACAGGACAGAGAAUUUUUUUUCUUGUGUUAGCUUUAAUAGCUGUACUUGUGAGCCCUUCUUAUCAACCAUUGCCAAAUAUUUCUGUUCUGUUAACAUUUCAUAAAAGUAAAAAAAAAAAAACAGUAGAGAGACUGCAGUUUUUAAUUCCUAUAAAGAGAAAUUGAUGUUAGUUCUGACUAGUAAAAUUAUAUGAGAUAACUUUUGACAGACAUUUUUGACAAUUUAUCCUUUGGUUUCUAUUUUCUUAUAUAUUAAGACCUGUAGAACAACACUGGUGAUUUCAAUGUUGAAGCAUGUAUGCAAUUUAUAUUCUCAUCUAGAGAAGAUUUUAAUCAGCACAGUAUCUAUCAAACUUCCAAAAAACCAGAAUUGUUGAAACCAAGAUUGUUGAAACUAGAAAUGGUGAAGAUUAAGAGAGGUUAAUUCUUGGUUGUGAGUUAUAUAGAUAUGUGCAUUUCACAGAAAUAGAUGUGUAACGAAAGUAACACGCGAACUAAGUAUUUUAUUUAGGAAUUCAGAAUAGGAAAGUGGUAGAAGAUUAUUGAAAAUAUGUUGAAAAGUGCUGUGUAUGAUUUGUAUAUAGGUAAAUUAAGAAGUUUUAUGGUACAUGAUGGCAUGCUAUAUUGAGAAGUUCUUCAACACAGAAUCCACAAUGAGAAUUGUAUAUCCAUUUAUCACACCAAGCAAUAGAACAAACAGGAUCUUUGCAAUAUUUUUGUACUGUGCAGAAGUGCAUGGGUUAUUUGAACACAUAAUAGUAGAGAAAAUAUUUGUCAUUGUUAAGGAAGGCAUCUUUAGAGAUGUUUUUUGUUGAUGAACUGGCACUCUAUAUAUUACAAAUUUGUAGCAUACCACUUUACUUUUUAUGUCAAAUUCUUUAAUGCUCUUUUUAACCUAUCUUGAAAUUUAAAAAAAAAAUCUGAAGUGGAAAAAAAAUUAAAAUAUGAAUUGAAACCUUAAUACCUUCAGGAGGGGUGAUGUAGACUUGUAUGUGGUACAGACACCAGCUUUUGUACUGUAAUCCUGGGACCAGGCCAUGUGUGGUCAAAUCAUUUGUCUGUGGCUGUUUUCUGGUAUUUUUUUCUUAAACUGUGGAGGAGACUUAAGAAAUAUUUAUGUCUGAGUGUGUAGCUUUCUGAGAGUAUAUUGGUGCAAGUGUAUGAUUGUAUAGAGCAUUGAUUGAGGCAAAUUUAAGGGUAGAGGUGUGUGUAUGUGUGUUAGCUAGAGCAUUGAUUGCUUUGCAUGGUCAUAAUUGAGUGGUUGGGAUUAAUCUGUAUAAUAUUUUUUUUAUCUCUGACAAAACCAAGGUAACAUUUAUUGUUCAAUUCACAUCCAAUUGUCUUCUAUUUUUUUCAUUAUCUGUUGUAAUGAAGACUUUUAUCAGAACUUCAAAAUUACUUGUAUUUUUCAGCAUUCUUGUGCAAAUUACUUUUGUUCAAUUAUUAAAAUAAUGUAAACAUAUAUAUAUUUUUAUACUCUUUUUUUUUUAGCCUUGAUUUUUGACAGAUCAGUGGCUUGUGACUGACUAGGUCUGAUAGGACUGAAUUGAGAAUCCAAGGGUGUUUUAAUAUCAUUGAUGUAUGUAGAGUCUGUGAGAGAGGUGUCAAUGGACACAAUGCUUCUGUGUAUAAAAUUGUUAUUGGUAUUUCACUAAGCCGCUGUGUUGUCCUGUUGGUAAUCAUGUGAGAUCCCUGGGUUUUCAAUUUCUGAGACUUUUUGGUCAUUAUGUACUUGUCCAGGACACCAGAGCGGCUUCUCCAAUGAGAGUUUAAACUGUAGAUAAUGUUUAAAGUAUCUGUUAAAUAAAACUAUGAAUUCAGA